AUGCCUCGGGUGAUGCUCGGCACCGGCGGUUACGAGGGCUUGUCUGGGAGAGCCGGCAGAGCAGCCAUUCUUGCAGCCCUCAAGAUGGGUUACCGCGGGAUCGAUACUUCUGAAAUGAACAGGAACUUGACCGACGUCCGAUGGGCAUGCACGCGGUCGGGCCUGGCUCGAGAAGACUACUUCCUCGUGGUGAAGAUCCCUCCUUGGAGCCAUGGCCACGAUGGCGUCCUCCAAUCGUUUCGGAGGCAAACUAGCCAGCUGGCUGUGGAUUACGUUGAUUUAUUGCUGAUUCAAUGGCCGCAUGUGUGGUCUUUGGAGCAGCGAGACUGGGGUCCUGAGCAGUGGAGCAGGGCCAGUCAAACGAAAGCUUCACUGCGUGGGGAAACCUGGAGAGCUAUGGAAGAGCUUUUCAACUCUGGCCGGGCUCGUGCGAUCGGGGUCAGCAACCACACGAUCGAGGACAUGGAGGCAAUUCUACAAGGCUGCGUUGUUGCUCCCAUGGUCAUGCAGGGAGAGUCGCACCCGCACUGGCCGAACAGGUCGGUACGUGACUGGUGCAGGAAGCAGUCCAUUGCUUUCCAGGGUUAUGCGCCCUUUGGAGGCCAAGAGACCGAACGUAAUUCCGGCCACCGAGCCGUUGAUGACCCCACAGUCCUCUCAGUGGCAGAGAAGCACCAGCUGACUCCAUUCCAGGUUUGCAUGCAGUGGAAUCAAGCCCGUAACUCCAGCACUGUGGUGAAGUCCAAAAACUCUGGGCACUUGCGCGAGAAUCUGGCUGCUUGCGGGGAGAUGCGCUGCACUGCCACAGAUCUGGGAAGAAUCGAUGAGCGGGCCAAGGAGUUCUUAAAGUAUGGCCCAUGCUACUGGGGCCACAACGAUAUGGACUAUCUGCAUCCUUGGAAGGACGAGGAGAAGAUGUGGGAUGCAAUGCUUCCCGGCGGCCAAGAAGUGUGUGGGCGAAUCUGA